AAGUUGGAAGCCAAAUGCUCUUCACUAGUGUUCUAUCAAAGCUAUCUGGAGAUGAUUGCUGCUCAAGAACAUACCGAAUUUCUUCAUAUGGAGAUUCACUCCAAAUAUGAAGAUGAAGUUCUUGAAUUCUACAGAAAUGGAAAGGUCAAAACUGUCCAAUCAAAGAAGGACCCACAGAGGACGAUUCAAGUUAUCAAGUCCACUGUUGGAGGAACCAAAGUGAAAAUUUCUCAGAAGAAAUUGGAGGAGAAGCUUAAUCUUCCCAAUUCUGGAAAUGAAAUUGGGAGACUUCCAGCCAAGAAUCUGGAUUGGAAGACUGUUGGGAUUUCUAGGCAAAUCCCCUCUGGUCCAGCGAAGAAAUCAGAUUUUAAGAAUGAUUACAAGUUAAUCCUGGAAUUGGUCAUCGCAUGCCUUGAAUGUGGCAGUGGAGGACAUUCUGAUGACAUCACUCAAGAGAGGGCAUUCAUCAUCAACGCCCUCAUUACCAGAUCUAAGACCAUGGGUGUUGCCUUAGAAGGCAAGAAGUAUGAUGCCAGAUAUUGGCUAUACUAUCUAUCUUCCAAAGGAGAAAACAAAAUCAGUUCAAGUGUAGAGGAAAGUUCUUCAGACAAUGUCCUUAUCAGGAGUCUGAAGAAGUCAGUAAAGAGGAAGCAAGUGGUGUCCUCCUCCCCUAGUGCUGAAGCACCUCACACCCUUGCAGUGGUGAAUUUGGAAGAACAAGAAGAAGAAGUUUCUGCACAAGGAGAACUUCAAAGAAAGAAGAAAAGAAAAAUCACUUCUCCCCCCACAUCUGGAAAUGUCAAUCCAGAUGAGUUGAUGGGAAAAGAACCAGUUGAGGAAACUUCUGCCCACAACCAGAGCCCUAAACAACUUGAUGAAGAACUUCCUCAAGUUCAGAGUUUUCAACCUCCUCAAACAGAUGAUGCUGAGAACCAAUUCAUGCAACUCUACUUUGACUGGAGAGCUUGGAAGGUUGGAAACUCAGCAGAGCAGUUGUUGGAAUGGGACCAACAACUGAAAAAUAAGAAGAUCAUCAAGAAAUGCUUGGGUCUGCCAGUCAACCGCUGCUGUGAGCAAAUCCUGUGGAAAAGAACCUAUGAAGAUUUGCAUCUGGAACACUUGGCGACCUCACCAGUUUCAGAAUUUGAGCCUGAACUUGAGAUUCCGGAGAAGUCAGAAGAAAAUCUGGAGAAGUCCACUCCUCCAGAAACAAAUGAAGUUCAAAAAGACCAAGCUAUAGAAAUCGAGAGGAGUUCUGCAGAAGCUGAAAACGAAGCUCAAAUGACUAGACUGGAUACCUCUGAAACUCCAGUUGCUAUCUUUGAGCAGAACAUUGAAGUUGAAGACAGAGAUUCUCUUUCAAGGGACAUCUCUGUGUGGUAUCGGAGCUGGGUUACGAAGUUACUAGUUUAGUAGUUUUUACCGUUAUUGUUUUUGUAGAUUAGUCAAUAAAUUUUGGAGACAAAAAUUUAUCCCAUUAAAAUUUAAUUAGGUGGCCAUAUUUAGAUACUGGACCUAAUAUAAUUUUGUUCAGUAAUUUUCGGAAUUACUGUUUGGGGUAUUUUUAUAUUAUUCUUAUUAAGUAGUUUAUGUGUAGAAUAAUUGUUAUUUGUGCCAUAAAUACUUAAUAUUUAU